CAAAAGCACUACACACUUGUACUACUUUUACUUGUCCAACUCGUGUUCUUCAUAUAAUCACAUCAUGAUGUGCUGCUAUAUGUAGAUGCAAUCUGUUUAUAUAUAUAUAUAUAUAUAUGUAAUCUACACAAUAGAUAGAGAUUUUAGAUUCUCUGUGUGUGUUUGGGCGAUGGAGCUCCAGAACCAGAACACUGUUAAAGAAGCCCUAAACGCACUCUACCACCACCCAGACGUCUCCGUUUGCAUGCAAGCCGAUCGCUGGCUUCAAGACUUCCAACGCAUCCUCGAUGCUUGGCAGGUCUCUGAUAAUUUACUUCAUGAUGCUAGUAGCAAUCAGGAAACCUUAAUCUUUUGUUCUCAAACCCUCAGAAGCAAGGUACAACGAGAUUUUGAAGAGCUGCCUUCUGAAGCUUUUCGCCCAUUACGGGAUUCUUUAAAUAGCUUAUUGAAAACAUUUCAUAAAGGCCCUCCUAAAGUUAGAACCCAGAUUAGCCUUGCGGUGGCUGCAUUGGCUGUUCAUGUCCCUGCAAAAGAUUGGGGUGAUGGCGGUAUUGUAAAUUGGCUUAGAGAUGAGAUGAAUUCUCAUCCCGAAUGCAUACCAAGUUUCCUUGAGCUGCUCAGAGUUUUGCCUGAGGAAACAUUCAACUACAAGAUAGCAGCUCGUCCUGAUAGGCGACGGCAAUUUGAGAAAGAACUUGCUUCUGCAAUGGAGGUUGCUCUUAAUAUCUUGACUGCUUGUCUGAAUAUUAAUGAGCUUAAGGAGCAGGAUCGGAUGUCCAAGCGGCAGAUUGGGACUGGCCGUAGAAUUGGAGACCUCUAUGUGGCUCUUGAGGCAUUUUCUUCUUGGCUUCGGUUAAGGCAUAGGAUCCCUGCUUCUACACUUGCUCCUCACCCAUUGGUGCUAACAGCUCUCUUCAGCCUGAAUUCUGAUAUCCUUUCAGAGGCAUCCGUGAAUGUAAUUUCUGAAUUGAUACACUACACAGCAGCAAGAAACUCAGGUGGUGUUUCUGCACAGAUGCCCUUAAUUCAAGUAAUUGUGCCUCAAGUUAUGAGCCUUAAGUCGCGGCUUAGAGAUUCUUCAAAGGAUGAGGAAGAUGUGAAAGCCAUUGCUCGUUUAUUUGCUGACAUGGGUGAUUCAUAUCUUGAAUUGAUUGCAAGUGGAUCUGAUGAAUCAAUGUUGAUAGUGGAUGCCUUGUUGGAAGUUGCUUUAUACCCUGAAUGUGAUAUUGCUUCUAUGACGUUCAACUUCUGGCACAAUCUUCAGAUUAACUUGAUUGAAAGGGAUUCCUACAUACCAUUUGGUCAUGAAGCAUCAAAAGAAGCAGAGAGAAAUAGGAGGCUGCUGGUUUUCCGUUCGUCAUAUGAAUCGCUUGUUUCCCUGGUUAGCUUCAGAGUCCAAUAUCCCCACGAUUAUGCAGACCUAUCAAAGGAGGACCUUAAGGAUUUCAAACAAACUAGAUAUGAUGUUGUGGAUCUCUUAAUUGAUGCAGCAUUGGUAUUAGGAGGUGAAGCUACACUGAAGAUUCUCUACGUGAAGCUUGUUGAGGCUGUAGGUAGUUGUGGAAAUGACGGGCAUAGUGAUUGGCGUCCAGUGGAGGCUGCUUUAUAUUGUAUCCGGGCUAUAUCAGAUUAUGUUUCUGUCACACAAGCUGAAGUAAUGCCCCAGGUUAUGUCUUUGCUUCCAAAACUUCCUCAUCAACCGCAACUUCUAACUACUAUGUGCUUAACAAUUGGGGCCUAUUCAAAAUGGCUUGAUGCUGCACCUAGUGGACUCUCAUUCUUGCCUCCGCUCAUAGAUAUUCUUGUGAGUGGCAUGAGUAUGUCUGAAGAUACUGCAGGUGCUGCUGCUUUGGCUUUUGGACACAUCUGUAAUGGAUGUGGGAAGAAGCUUCGUGGAUCCUUAGAUGGUCUUUUCUGUAUAUACCAAAGGGCCAUGGUUGGAGAAGGUGCCUUUAAGGUAUCUGCCGAAGACUCAUUGCAUCUGGUUGAAGCUUUAAGUGUGGUUAUUACAGAACUUCCUUCAGACCAUGCCAAGAAAGCCCUUGAGGUGUUAUGCUUGCCUGCUGUAACACCUUUACAGGAAAUUAUUAAUCAAGGUCCAGUCAUAUUGGGGCAAAUAACGGCUCGUGAGUUAACGGUUCAUAUUGAUCGACUUGCAAAUAUCUUUAGAUAUGUAAAUCACCCUGAAGCUGUCGCAGAUGCAGUUCAAAGGCUUUGGCCAAUAUUCAAAGCCAUCUUUGAUCUUUGUGCUUGGGACGUGCAGACCAUGGAGUCUCUUUGUCGAGCUUGCAAAAAUGCUGUGAGAACUUCUAAAAGGUUCAUGGGAAUUACAAUUGGAGCAAUGCUAGAGGAGAUACAAGGCCUAUAUAAACAACACCACCAACCAUGUUUCCUUUAUCUCUCUAGUGAAGUUAUCAAGAUAUUCGGGUCUGAUCCAUCUUGUGGAGACUACUUAAAAAUCUUGAUUGAAUCACUGUUCAGCCACACUAUAUGUCUGCUUACAAGAAUUCAGGACUUCACUUCCAGACCGGACAUAGUGGAUGAUUGUUUUCUACUGGCAUCGAGGUGCAUUCGCUAUUGUCCUCACAUGUUUUUCCCUUCAGCCAUAUUUCCACCAUUAGUAGAUUGUUCCAUGAUUGGCAUCACAGUACAACACAGGGAGGCCUCAAAUUCCAUAUUGACUUUUUUAUCCGAUGUAUUUGAUAUUUCAAACUCUACUCAAGGAGAAAAAUAUCUACCUUCCAGGGAUAAUGUAAUUAUGCCUCGAGGUGCCACCAUCACCAGAAUUUUGGUUGCUUCUUUAACAGGAGCGCUCCCAAGCUCUCGACUGGAAACGGUUAUCUAUGCCCUACUAUUGCUAACUUGAGCAUAUGGGUUGAGAGCUUUGGAGUGGGCCAAGGAUAGUGUUUCACUAAUUCCAUCAACCGCGGUGACAGACAUGGAGAGGACGAGAUUUCUAGGAGCAUUGUCAGAUGUGGCAUCUGGGGUCGAUAUUAAUCCUCUCACAAUUCCUAUCGAAGAGCUGUCAGAGGUUUGUCGCCGUAACAGAACUGUUCAAGAGAUCGUCCAAGGAGCCUUGAGGCCACAUGAGUUAAAUACAGUAGCUGUAUCGUAGUAGUCUUGAGAUUAAAAAAAAUGGGCCAUUUUGCUUCGGCCUUUGUCUGUCAUAGUUUCUUGGCUGUGCAUUCGCUGUUGUUUUUUUUCCCAUUAUAAUUUGUGUAUCUAUCAUCAAUCAUCAUUUUUUCACAGGUGGAUAUGAUUGGGAGGUAUAGAAAUGUUGCAUCUUUUAUUCGGAUCUUUGAGCGGUUUUUAGUUGUUUUUCCUUCUUUUUUAUUUCUAAUUUGUUUUGGGGGACAGUUGUUUGGUAUAGAGUUGUAAAUUUGGGAUUUAAUGCAACAGUUUAAAGA